AUGUCAAAUAGAGACCCCAAGUACAUACCAAUAAGCGUGAGCGCGCGGUCGGAUUGCGCCGUGCAAAUGAGCUAUGACGUGCCGCUUCUCGGGGCGCAAGAGGCCACGCGGCCGGGGAAGGCGCCGCACGGCGGGGGGCAAGACGACGGCAAUGCCAGCUUCGUGCGAACUUGCCUCAACGGCACCAACGGCUUGGCAGGUGUUGGGCUGCUGUCGAUGCCGUACGCGCUCGCGGAGGGUGGAUGGCUGAGCCUGGCGCUGCUCGCCGCCGUGGCCGCCACCUGCUGGUACACGGGCCUCCUCCUCGGGCGUUGCAUGGCCGCUGACCAGGCAAUCCGGACGUACCCGGACAUCGGCGAGCGCGCCUUCGGCCGCCGGGGACGCCUGGUCGUGUCCGCCUUCAUGUACGCCGAGCUCUACCUCGUCGCCAUCGGCUUCCUCAUCCUCGACGGCGACAACCUCGACAAGCUUUUCCCCGGCGCCAGCGUUCACCUGGGGCCCGUGUCGCUUGCGGGGAAGCAGCUGUUCGUCGUGCUGGUGGCGCUCAUGGUCGCGCCCACGACGUGGCUGCGCAGUCUGGGCGUGCUCGCCUACGUCUCCGCUGCAGGCGUGUUCGCGUCGGUCGCCAUCGUCCUCAGCGUGCUCUGGGCCGCGGCCGUCGACGGCGUCGGGUUCUCCGGGCGAGGCACUACCACGCCAUUGCGGCUCACCGGCCUCCCCACCGCUCUCGGCCUCUACACCUUCUGCUACUGCACCCACGCGGUGUUCCCGACGCUGUACACAUCCAUGAAGCAAAAAUCUCAGUUCCCAAAGAUGCUAGCGAUAUGCUUCGUGCUGUGCACGCUCAACUACGGCUCAAUGGCCGUGCUGGGAUACCUCAUGUACGGCGACGGCGUGCAGUCCCAGGUGACGCUCAACCUACCGGCGGCGAGGCUCAGCUCCAAGAUCGCCAUAUACACGACGGUGGUCAUGCCUUUCUCGAAGUAUGCACUGGUGGUCACGCCGAUCGCGGUGGCCAUCGAGGAGAGGUUUCGUGGCGUGGUAGGCGAGGGAGCCGCGGCCUCCGUGGCGGUGAGGACGCUGCUGGUGCUGAGCACGGUGGUCGUCGCGAUCGCGCUGCCCUUCUUCGGGUACCUCAUGGCGCUGGUGGGUUCCCUGCUCAGCGUGUGCGCGUGCAUGCUGCUGCCGUGCCUCUGCUAUGUCAGGAUCUUCGGAGCUACAUCUCUCACGGCUUUGGAGACGGCGUCGAUCGUCGGAAUACUGGUGUUGGGCUUGCUGGUGGCUAUAACAGGGACGUACUCUUCUCUUGUGCAAAUUAUCCAUGAGUUGCAAGUGGGAGUGUAA